AUGUCACUCAAAGCAACUCUCGAAGAAACCGCCGCUGGCUGGAUCUCAGAUCUAGAAAGUCGCUCGCUGGACAAUGUUGUUUCACGGUGGACUGAUGACAUAUACUAUACUCUCCACCCAGACACCGAGGGGGUCUUCCCAAUGACCAAGGAACAAUUUCGAACAUACGAAAGGGCGGCAGCUUUCUUUAAGCUUUUGAAAUCGUUCAAAAUUACCAUCCACGAGAUGUACACGGAUGCAGAUAAAAGGACAGUGACGAUGCUUUGCAGUAGCAAGGGAGAAUUGGAAACUGGCCCAUAUGGCACUGAUUAUGUCUUCGUGCUCACCAUGACGGAGGAUGGGAAGAGGAUUGAAAAGCUAUCGGAGUGGCCUGAUUUCCACAAAGUCCAGGUCAUUCUUAACAACACCCUCGAGUAGAGGAUGUUAGUUGGAGAGAUACUUUUUCUAUCCUAUAGCCAC